GGAUGAUUUUUUGAUACAUUUCUGAUUUUCUUAUUCAUGAGCUAACCUUUUUUCCUUGAUUAUUAUCUAACCCAUUGGCCAGAAUCUUUUAUUUACAAAUAUUUGCUGUUCAGAAAAAAGCAUUUCUUAUUUUCGUAAUUGCAAAAUAAUAAAAAAAAACGAUUUUCAAUUAAUCAAUCGUGGUUAAAGGUGGUGGUGAAUACAUUGUUGAUCAAUAAUAAUAAUAAUAAUGGGAACAAUCAUGUAUCCUGAGCUUUAUACAAAGGGAACACGUGUUUGGAUUAAACAUCCUACCGAUGUAUGGCGAUGUGCCAAGAUAAAAGAAAAUUUUGAUAAAAAUUCUGGUCAAUUAUUAUUGAUACCAUAUGAUGUUGGUAAUGAUGAUGAAGAUUUAAAAGAACAAAUCAUACAGGUGAAAGAUAUUUUAAAAGAUUUACCGCCAUUAAGAAAUCCAGAUAUUCUAAUUGGUUCGAAUGAUUUAACAUGUCUUUCAUAUUUACAUGAACCAUCAGUACUUUAUAAUCUAAGGAUAAGAUUUUUACAAUAUCAACAAAUAUAUACUUGGUGUGGUAUUGUAUUGGUUGCCAUUAAUCCAUUUACUGAUCUCGAAAUAUAUGGUGAAGAUACAAUACAAAUGUAUCAUACAAAUUUAGCCAAUUUAGCACAAAUGGAUCCACAUAUUUAUGCUGUUGCUGAAGAUGCAUUCACAAAAUUAGAACGUAAUAAUAUUAAUCAAUCGGUUAUUGUUUCGGGUGAAAGUGGUGCAGGUAAAACAGUAUCGGCAAAAUUUGCAAUGCGUUAUUUUGCAUCGAUUGCCGGUUCAGAUUCAAAUAUUGAAGCACGUGUAUUGGCAUCGAAUCCAAUUAUGGAAGCAAUUGGUAAUGCUAAAACUGUUCGUAAUGAUAAUUCAUCAAGAUUUGGUAAAUAUAUACAAAUAUUAUUUGAUCGUCGUAAUCGUCAUAUUAUGGGUGGUAAUAUGCGUACAUAUUUAUUGGAAAAAUCACGUGUUACCUAUCAAAGUUCGGGUGAAAGAAAUUUUCAUAUAUUUUAUCAAUUAUGUACAUAUGCAAAACAAAAUAAAUUAGAUCAUCUUGGAUUAUCUGAUCAACAAUUUAUUUAUCUUGGUUCAAAUGAACAAUCACCUUAUGAUGAUAUGUCAAGAUUUUUAGAGGCACUUGAUACGCUUAGUUUUAGUGAUAAACAACGUAACAUAUUGUUUACCGUGAUAGCUGCCAUAUUACAUGGCGGAAAUAUAAUGUUUGGACGUGGACAAGAUGAUGAAAGCUGUACAUUAGCUGAUAAAAAUUCAUUACAUUCAUUGCAAACAUUUUGUCGUCUUUUGGAUUUGAAUGAAUCAUCCACUUUGAAAUGGUUGACUAGUCGUUUAUUGAAAACCGGUGGCCGUGAAAUAAUAGCAACACCAUUGAAUGCACAAAUGGCACAAUAUGGUUUGGAAGCGUUACUAAAAUUUAUCUAUGAAAAAUUAUUUUUAUGGAUUGUUUCGAUUAUUAAUCAAUCGCUUGGACCAACACAAUCAAUUAAUGAAUAUCAAUUUAUUGGUGUUUUAGAUAUUUAUGGUUUUGAACAUUUUGAAAAUAAUUCAUUCGAACAAUUUUGUAUCAAUUAUGCUAAUGAAGUAUUACAACAACAAUUCAAUUGGCAUGUAUUUAAAUUGGAACAAGAUGAAUAUGUACGUGAAGGUAUUGAUUGGCAAUUCGUAACAUUUACCGAUAAUCAACCGGUAAUUGAUUUAAUUGAAUCAAAACCAAUCGGUAUUUUAUGUCUUUUGGAUGAAGAAUGUCGUAUGCCACAAGGUAAUGAUCGUACAUGGUGUUCAAAAUUGUAUAAACAAAUACCAACCGGUGAUGUUUUCAAAAAACCUAAAUUCAAUUUUCAAACAUCAUUCAUUAUUGAACAUUUUGCCGAUGUUGUAACAUAUAAUGUUGAUGGUUUUUUGGAAAAGAAUCGUGAUACAAUAUGGGAAGAACAGAUUGAUUUACUUAAACGUUCAAGCGUAGCUGAAAGCUUAUUUUUGGAUUAUGAUGAUGAUAAAAUUGUAUCAGCUCAAUCAGCUAACAAAGGUGCUGGUGGUAAAAUUCGUGUAAGCAUGACACAAGCAGAUCAACAACGACAAAAAAAGAAAGCUAAAGCAACAAUUGGUUUUCAAUUUCGUGAAUCAUUGGAGGCUUUGAUGAAUAUUCUGAAUUCAACUGAACCACAUUAUGUUCGUUGUAUAAAACCGAAUGAUAAUAAAGCGGCAUUUGAAUUUAAUAAUAUUCGUGCUGUACAACAAUUACGUGCAUGUGGUGUACUUGAAACAAUUCGUAUCAGUUCGAAUGGUUAUCCAUCACGAUGGUCAUAUCAGGAUUUCGCCAAUCGUUAUCGUGUAUUACGUGUUGCCUGUCAUACAUCAUCAUCAUCACCAUCAUCAGUAACACCUACUAAAAAGAAAUCAACAGAUUCAACGGUAGCAAAAAAUGUUCCAAAGCCAACUCCAAGAAAAUUGGUUCGUGCUGGUUCCAGUUUUGCCGUUGAAAUUCGUUCCAUUUGUGAAGAUAUAGUUCGAAUUGUUUAUGAGGAUAAAAUCUAUUCACAUUUCAAUUUAAGUGAUAGUUCUAGUGAAAAACAAAAAUCAGAAGAACAACUACAAGCGGAAAGAAAAGUAUAUCAAUUUGGUAAGACAAAAAUAUUCUUUCGACCUGGUCAGGUUGCAUUGUUGGAGCGGAUACGAUCACAAAAACUUCGUGAAUGUGCUAUUCUUAUACAGAAAAUGAUUCGCGGUUGGUUACAAAGAAAACGUUAUCAACGUAUACGAGAAUCAGUGCUUGCAAUACAACGAUAUGGCCGUGGUUGGCUUGCCCGUCAACAUUAUCAACAUCUUCGCCAAACUAAAGCUGCCACUAUUAUUCAGAAACAUUGGCGAGGAUAUGUUCAGCAUUGUCGUUAUCAAACAAUACGUAAAAGUGUCAUUGCUAUACAAACAGUGGGUCGUGCUUAUUUGGCUCGUAAACGUUAUGAACAAAUGCGCCAGAAUCGUGCAGCAAUUAUCAUACAACGAUAUUGGCGUGGUUAUUGGGCGCAAAAACAAUAUCAAGAGACAAGAAAGAAGAUUAUUAUAGCUCAAGCAUGUGUAAGAAGAUUUCUUGCCAAAAAAGAAUAUCGUCGAUUACGAAUCGAGGCUCGUAGUGUUGAACAUGUUACGAAUCUGAAUAAAGGUCUUGAGAAAAAGAUCAUGACGUUACAACAACGUAUCGACGAAUUAGCAGAAGAAAAUCGAUUGCUGAAAUUGACCGAAGGUCGUUAUACUACCUUACGUCAGGAAAUGGUUCAGAUGGGAACGGAAUUAGCUGAAAUGAAAGCACAACAACGUCAAGAUUAUUUACAAGCACAAGAUUAUCAAUCACAAUUAGAGAAAUUAACUACAGUAAAUAAAGAAUUGGAACAAAAAGUUAUCAGGCUUGAAGAGACAAAAUCUGAAUUGGAAAAGAAAAUUCGUGAAAUCUUGGAGAAUAAAAAACAAAUGGCAGCAGAUAUUGAAAAAAUCGAUGAAGCAGUUCAACGCCGUGAACGUGAACUACGUGAAGAAUUUGAUCGUGAACGACGUAUUUUAAUUGCUGAACGUGAAGAGGAAAGAACGUCAAAACAGCAGCUGUUAUUCAAAUAUAUGGAUCUUGAAGAGAAGCAAGAUGCAACAGGUGAACAUUCUGUCAAUAAACGAUCGGUGAAUCAUUUUGGUGAUGAAGAAAUCAAUACAAUUUUAUUACAAUCCGAUCAACAAGAAAUGUUCGAUUCAAAUCUUGAUCGUAUAUCGAUCAUGAUGCAAUGUACCGAAUUAGAACAAGAGAUGAAAAAAUUAUUGAAUGAAAAUCAAAAACUUCGUGAACAAAUUGCCAAAAAUGUUGAUGAUAAAAGUCCAAAUGCUGCCGCAACAUUACUUUCGGAACAAUUUCAAGAACUUCAAGAUGAAUUAGUACGUUAUAAAAAAGAACGUUCCGAUCUUAAACGAGUCAUAUUGAUGGAAGAUCAUCUAUCUACAUUUGAUGGUGAACAAAGCCAAAAAGAAAAACAUCAAAAAGAUCUAGUCGCUACCUAUAAAGAUUUGUUUGCCAGAUUAGACAAAGAAAUGGCACUUAAAGAUGAACUAAUAAAAAAAUUAAAAAAUGAAAAUCUAUUCUAUAAAUGUUCAAAAUCAAAUAAAUCACAUUCAUUGAUAGCACCGAAUUCACAGAUGAAUGAUGGACAAGGCAAUCUAUCGAUACAUUCACAAUCCGAUUAUAGUGAUACGGAAACGAAAAAUUUACGUGGAAUGUUUAAAUUUCUUCUAAAAGAUUGUGGCCUAAUAAAUCGUAUUCUUUGUUAUGAUUUUGAUCCAACCAAUAUGAAUUACGCAAGUCAAUGUCAUUCACAUACGAUUGCAUUCAUUGUUUAUAUGUGUCUUCGUUAUGCCGAUGAUAUUAAUAAUGAAAAAAUGGCUAGUACAUUUUUAAUCGAAUUUGUUCAAUGGUUGAAGAAAAAAGCAAAAUCAGCAGCAACUAAUGGCCAGAAUGAAAUUCUUGUUCAUUUAUUAUCAACAACAUUUAAAAUUUCUGUUUUGAUUAAAUAUUAUUCAGAAUAUGAAGUUGAACCUGAAAUAGCCAAGAAAAUUGACCGUUCGAAAAGCCCAUCUAAAAUGGAUAAUAUUGAUUCAGGUUUUGAUGACAAAGAUCAAAAAGCUUUAAAAUUAGUCAAUGGUGAAUCAAAUGAAAGUUCAUCCGAACAUGGUGAAGAACCAGAUGAAGCAAUUGAACCGGAUUAUGAUAGAGAUUAUGUUUAUUCAUUGAAAGAAUUUGAUCUAACAGAAUUCAAUAUUCUCUUAAACAACCUAAUGAUCUAUCUUUUCAUGAGUAAUUUCAAAAUUUUUUCACAUAAAAUUCAACCAUUAAUUGUACCGGCUGUUCUGGAACAUCAAGAAUUAUCUGGAAUGUCAUUGAGACAAAAACGAGAGGAAAAUUCUGAUCCAGAUUCUGGUCCACCAUCACCGACCGAACGUGAAAUCCAUACUUUAUUCAAAGAGCUAUCUAAUAUGCAUGCAUUGUUUCGUCUUCAUCGUUUGGAUGAAAAUUUUAUCUAUCAAUUUUUUAAACAGAUAUUCUAUUUCAUCGGAGCAACAGCAUUAAAUAAUCUAAUAAUGCGUAAAGAUCUAUGUACAAAUGAACGUGCCAUUGAAAUUAUUUAUAAUAUCUCAUUAUUUGAACAAUUUUUACGUGAAAAUAAAAUUAUAAAAUGGGAUAGUGUUAAAGCACAAAUGGAUCCAAUAUUACAGGCUACUAAGCUAUUGAUUUCAACUAAAACAGAAAAACAGAUACCGGCCAUAGUGUUGACAACCGAAUCAUUAACAAUGGCACAAAUAAUGAAAAUAAUCAAAAUGUAUACACCAUCGGAUGAGGAACAAAUAUCGACCAAUUUUAUUAAAAAUCUUGAAGAAGAAUUACAUAAACGUAGGCAACAGCAACCACAACCACACGAUCAACAAACCAAAGCACCAUACCUGAUGAAAACAUCGUUAGAUAUUUCAUUAUACAUUCCAUACAUUGAUGGUAAUAAUGAAGAUAAUAUUUCAAUAUUACAAGCAACCGAUUUAACAUGUGAUUUUCAAAAAUUUGAUUUACCAAUUUGUUUUCAACAAUUGGAACGAUAUUUGGAAAAGAUUUAAUAAUCGCAAAUAAUUACAAAUAAGUUAUAUAACAACUCGAAAAAAAUAUGAGAGUUAGUCAUUUCAAUUUAUCAUU